AUGGUAAAGGCAUUAGAGAGCCUGUUCGAAACAGAAGGUGUCCGAAUUCCAGGCACGGAGUGCGACUACCAGUUCAGCCGUUCUGGCAACCGCCCAGCUCACGGUCGCCUUUACAGCCCGCGGUACCCAUCCAUCUAUCCCAACAACGUGCGAUGUUCUUAUCAUUUUCAAGGGAGACCAAAAGAUCGUGUCAAAGUAGUUUUUGAAGAAGUGUCUCUUCAAAAAGGUGAUAUAAGUUGCCUGCGGCGGGCGGAUAUCAUCAAAGUAUUUGAUGGCAGAGACACGACUGCGCCUACUAUAGCUAUGCUGUGUAACGAACUAACAGGUUACGAAGUACUGUCUACUGGGUCUUCGUUACUCUUGCAGUUCACAGCAAACUCCGCGACGCCAGGACAAGGCUUCGCUGCAACAUUCCACUUCCAGCCGCCGCCGGACUCUACCGCAGCAGAUUCAGACCGUCUACUGAAGCUCAGCUUUGGAAAAGCUUUCGAGUCGUUAGGACCGGAAGUAAGCGCUACAAAGUUAUACCGGAUCGACGGUCUGUCGCCUAUCGAGGAAAUCACUGUGAAAAAUGUGACAGAAAGUUUAAACAUUGGUAUAAGAAGAAGCCAGCUUAAAACGAAACAACUUGCCAAAAUGGCAGGAGUUUUACAUAUAACUAUUUAA